AUGGCAGCAAGUGAUGCAAAAGAGUUUUGGUUGGCGGUCUCCGCAGACGCCAGUGAUGAAGGUAUGGCAGCAUUUGUUUACCCGCUCAACGACCAAUCAGCCCACUUGAUUAUGGCAAAAUCAAGACUACCGUCGAUCAAGGCACGCAACUGUACCAAAAAUGGAAUUGAACGCAAUCACGAUAGCAGCUUACUUGCUGUAUUCAAAGCUGUAAAGGCGGACACCUCCCCCCGAAAGAUACACAUCCUCUCGGAUUAG